GCAUGCAUUACUAGUGUAUGAAAUUCCUUUGCAUUUUUCACUUACAUGGUACAUCGAAGUAGUGAUGACUUUGAGACACUUUCUCGACUCUAAAUACAUAAGCAAGUGGAUUCAACAAACAUAACAGGAAAACAAACCAAAGAAUGAAUCGAAUCGAGUCAAUCAUAAUGGAAAACAUCCACAGACACAACGAAUACACACCAAAGACUACAAAUUCUAAAGGAUAUAGCUUUGUUGACAUAUGAAAACCAAGAUCAAACAGUCAAUAGAGCAAGACAUGAUAAGUGAAUCAAAAGAGAAAGAGAAAGAAAUUCAUGGGGAAGAUGAAGUUCAAGAACCACCCAAACCCAAGGAAAUCAAGCCAUAUGUGCCUCCCGUUCCUUUUCCUCAAAGAUUGAAGCAGCAACAAUACAAUAAGGAAUUUGGUAAAUUUUUUGACAUGCUUAAGAAAUUGUUGGAAGCUGCAGUCCAGAACCAAGGUGCAUCAAUUCAGAAUUUAGAGGUUCAGGUAGGUCAAUUGGCAAAUAUGAUUUCUAGAAGAAACCAAGGAGCUCUACCCAACAAUACAGAGAUAAAUCCCAAUGAACAGGUAAAUGCCAUAACUUUGAGAAGUGAGAAACAAAUUCAAAGAGAGCAAGACAUGAUAAGUGAAUCAAAAGAGAAAGAGAAAGAAAUUCAUGGGGAAGAUGAAGUUCAAGAACCAUCCAAACCCAAGGAAAUCAAGCCAUAUAUGCCUCCCGUUCCUUUUCCUCAGAGAUUGAAGCAGCAGUAAUACAAUAAGGAAUUUGGUAAAUUUUUUGAUAUGCUUAAGAAAUUGCACAUUAACAU